UUGUUUUAUUGUGAGAAACAAAUAGGGUAAACAACACCUGAUUAAUCCUUCCAUCACCUAUUUUCUCCUCAUAUUAUUCUUCUCUUCUUAAGACAAUAUCUACAUAAGAAAAGUUGAAGCUGCCAUUUUUGACUUGAAACUUCAUAAUUAUCUUCUUCUAUAUCUUGACUUCAAAAUCUUAUUCAUUCUGCAUUCUUUAAAGCUUUUCCCGGGCAUUGGCUCUUGUAUGAUACCAUAACAAGGCAGAUUUAAAUAAGAUAGAGAGAAAGAGAGAGUAGGGAAGUUAUGGCUAUUGAAGUUUGCUGUUCAGAGGCUCCUGGUUCUGGCAUCAGCCCAAGAAACUCUUUCUCCUAUGAUCUUGACUCAACGGACGGUGAAGUUAGACUAGACUCGACACUUCUUGAUCCAAGUUCGGAGUUCGAUUUCUGCUUUGGCUCAACUUGUCCUGUUCAAGAAGUAUCACCAGCUGAUGAACUCUUCUCUGAUGGCAAGAUUCUUCCCGUCCAGAUCAAGAAAGUAACCUUUGGAGUUCAAAGAUCAGCUUCACUCUCAUCAUCAUCAUCUUCUUCCUCUUCCUCUUCCUCUUCAUCAGAAAAGAAGAUCAUGAGACUAAAAGAGCAUCUGUUGAGUCCUGAAUCUGAUUAUGAAGACAAGCCUAAGGGAUUGUUCUUACAGUUCAAGAGAAGCAUAAGUCUCAACUACGAUAAGAGCCGUAACAGCAAAGGACUAAUCAGUUCGCUUCAUUUCAUCUCACGAAGCAACUCCACAGGCUCUGCUCUAAACCCUAAACCUAACUUCCCACCCAAGGAAACUUAUCAUCCUCACAAGACUCCCAAUCUUCCUAAACAAUCAUCUCUUAGAAGAUUGUCUUCUCUCUCAGCUUCAGGCCCUUACAAGAAACCACUAGCUAGAAACAGUUUCGGUAACGGAAACGGUGGAGUUAGAGUUAGUCCGGUCUUAAAUUUUCCACCGCCGGGGUUCAUCUCGAACGUUGCCGACGGAUUUUUAAGCAUUGGAUCACUAUGUAAUGGUGGUGGUAAGACGAGCAGGAAGACAAGAUUAUGAAAACAUCUUUUGUCUGUUGUGGCCGGGGAGGAGAGAAAAACUUACGGAAAAUGUAUUUCUACAUUUUUUUACUGAUUGUUGUAUAAUAAGUUAAUAAGGGAAUAAACGACAGAACAUGUGAAGAUUAGACAGCAUGUGAGUUUUGUCUGUAUUUUUAAAAAGAGUAAACCGAAAAACAGGAAUAAUCGACGAACUAGGCGUAGCAUAAGAAUAGGAACGCUUCGUUUGAUUAUAAAAAAGUAUUAUUAGUAACGUGUAAUUAAAUUUAUCAAAGAGGAUUAUAUGUAAGCAAAAAUGGAUCUCACAAAGAUGAUCACUCCUCAUUUACUCAGCCGAUGGGCUCUUAACUGACGCAAAAGCCAUACACCAAACAGCCCAACAAAAUCAUUCCAGUUAUUGUAUCUUUCUACUCUCUAGAGUAGUUUUUAAAAAAGUUUACUAUAAUGUAAUUUUUUU